AUGCCUUUCUCCACCACCCUAGCUCCCAGCUCUGCGCAGGCGCAGCUGGGAAACACAAAUCAAUCUCCUCCGACCGGCGGUAAAGAUGUCGUCGUGCAGUCACGAGAAAUGGGCGACGUUGUCCCCAACCGGAUACAACCGACCGGCCAGGAGGCAGCCAAGGCUAAACCAUUUGCACACUUUGUCGCUGGCGGCAUCGGAGGCAUGACCGCCGCGACCCUCACCUCACCGUUGGACGUGCUCAAGACGCGUCUGCAGUCUGACUUUUACAAGACCCAACUGCAAGCUUUGCGCGCUUCCCAUGCUCCGGCGCCAACCUCCUCGUCUGUCGUCUCCCUCACGCGAAGUGCCAUUAUGCACUUCAGUGAAACUUUCCAAAUCCUCCGCUCAAUACACGUCCAUGAAGGGUGGCGCGCGUUAUUCAAAGGUCUAGGCCCAAACCUCAUUGGUGUGGUGCCCGCGCGCGCCAUCAACUUCUACGUGUACGGGAACGGCAAGCGGAUCCUGAGCGAAUACUUUGACUACCGCCAUGCCGAGCAGACUCCCAUGGGGAUACACCUAGCCGCGGCCGCAGUCGCCGGUAUUGCCACCGGUACAGCGACGAACCCGAUCUGGCUGGUGAAGACCCGUCUGCAGCUAGACAAAUCUCUCGCAGAGCAUGGCAAGGGCCGUCAAUACCGAAACAGCUGGGACUGCAUCAAGCAGACUGUGCGCCAUGAGGGUGUGCGGGGCCUCUACAAGGGUCUCUCGGCCUCCUACCUCGGCGUCACGGAGUCCGCGCUCCAGUGGGUGAUGUACGAACAGAUGAAGAUGUGGCUCGCCCGGCGUGAUAUCGCCAAAAAAGAAGAUCCUGCCUACGAAUACACCACCUCCGACGCCGUGGAGCUGUGGGGUGGCCGAAUCGCUGCUGCGGGAGCGGCCAAGCUGGUCGCAGCUGCCGUGACCUACCCGCAUGAAGUGGUACGUACUCGCCUACGCCAGGCGCCCACGGUCUCAGUGGGCAAUGGUAAGGUCGAGAUGAAGUACACCGGCUUGGUGCAGUGCUUCAAGACCGUCUGGAAGGAGGAGGGUAUGGUUGCUCUUUACGGAGGACUGACACCUCACUUGCUCCGAGUCGUUCCAUCGGCUGCUAUUAUGUUUGGAAUGUAUGAAUUCAUUUUGCGCGUGUUCGGAACAACCUCGUGA